CAUUCACAAAUGUAUGAAUAAAAGUGAUAUCUUGGAUUUUGUCUCGAACAAUGCAUAUAAGGAAGUUGAUGUAAUUUUAAAAAUUUGCGGAUAUAUUGUUGAGGAACUAAAUGAUGACCUCAAAGUAUAUGUGAAAUGGGGUGAAUCUUUCUACCCAUUGAGUAAAAGUACGAACUAUACCAAUGGUCGUAAAUGCGAUGUUCAAUUCCUAUCAAUGUCAGGUGUUAAUGUUGGAGAAUGGGAAUUUUCCGCCAAAAUCACAGCAACAAGGAUCAUUAGCGAUAGGUGUUACUCUGCUAGAAUUAAUCAAUCUAUUUUAAAUGGAUUACUAGAAUAUAAUCUCAGUGAUGAACAAGCUGAGAACAUUUGCGUGCCUUUUUUACAGUUUGACGGUACAAGUGGACAACUAUUGAUUGAGAAUCUGGUCGAAGGCUUUUAUAUUGUUUUUCCGGGACCUAAAUUUGAGUUACCUACGAAACUUAGGGAUAUUAGAAAAUUAAAAACUUCUGUUUGCAUUAUAAAGUCAGCCAUGGAUAUGUAUAAAAAAACGUGCGAGAUUAUAGAAAAUCUAGAAACGACUCAUCAUGAAUUUGAAGAUAUUUUUAGUGAGGAUGAGAUUAAUACCACAAAGCCCAUGCAUUAUAAGUACAAAUAUGCUC